GGCGUGAGCCAUUGUGCUUGUCACGUGAUCUGAUUUUAAUGUUUACAUCCAGGGGGAUAACUAUAGGAAGUGCCAAUUUCACUUUCAUUUCUUUCUUUAUCAAUAAAGUCCAAAGGUUUUUUUUCCCUUUAAUGUACACAUAAUCUAGAAAGACCUUCAGGAGGAAGUUGGUGAGGCUCCUUAUUCACCCGUCUAUUGCACUUCAGCAAUAUGGAGGAGCUGGUGGUAGAGGUGCGGGGCUCCAACGGAGCAUUUUACAAGGCAAUUGUGAAAGAUGUGCAUGAAGACUCAGUGACUGUGACUUUCGAAAACAACUGGCAGCCAGAGAGACAAAUUCCAUUCCAUGAUGUGAGGUUUCCACCACCAGCAGGUUAUCAUAAAGACAUCAAUGAGGGCGAUGAAGUAGAGGUUUAUUCAAGAGCAAAUGAAAAGGAACCAUGUUGCUGGUGGCUGGCAAAAGUGCGAAUGAUAAAGGGUGAGUUUUAUGUUAUAGAAUAUGCAGCUUGUGAUGCUACAUAUAAUGAAAUUGUCACAAUUGAGCGUCUUCGUCCAGUGAAUCCAAACAAGCCCGCAACAAAGAAAACUUUUCACAAAAUCCGACUGGAUGUGCCAGAUGAUUUACGGCAAAUGUGCGCUAAAGAAUCUGCACAUAAAGAAUUCAAAAAAGCCAUUAGAGCCUUUUCUGUCAGUUAUGAUUCAGAAAACAAUCAGCUGUUUAUUUUGUCCGUAAAUGAUGUGACAACUACGCGUGCAACCAUGCUAAGUGACAUGCAUUUCCGAAGUCUUCGGACCAAGUUGACACUGAUAUUAAGGAAUGAAGAAGCCAGCAAACAGUUAGAGAGCUCCAGGCAGCUUGCUUCACGUUUCCAUGAGCAGUUCAGUGUGCGUGAAGACCUCAUGGGCUUGGCCAUUGGUACUCAUGGUGCCAAUAUUCAACAAGCAAGAAAAGUUUCUGGCGUCACUGCUAUUGACUUGGAUGAAGACACGUGUACAUUUCAUAUCUAUGGUGAGGACCAAGCUGCUGUUAAGAAGGCUCGAAGUUACCUAGAAUUUUCUGAAGAUGUGGUACAGGUCCCAAGAAGUUUAGUUGGAAAAGUAAUAGGAAAAAACGGGAAACUCAUUCAGGAAAUAGUAGAUAAAUCCGGAGUUGUCCGAGUGAGAAUUGAGGCUGAGAAUGACAAGAAGAUCCAACAGGAAGAGGGUAUGGUCCCAUUUGUGUUUGUUGGAACAAAGGACAGCAUCACAAAUGCAACUGUUCUUCUAGAUUACCACCUUAAUUAUUUAAAGGAAGUAGAUCAGUUACGUUUGGAAAGGUUACAAAUUGAUGAACAGCUAAGACAGAUCGGUGCAAGUUCCAGACCUCCACCAAAUCGUACAGACAAAGAGAGAGGGUAUAUGACAGAUGACAGCACAGGACCCUCUCGUGGUAAUCGGCCUUAUGGAGGUAGAGGGCGGAACAGACGUGGUCCUGGCUAUGCUUCAGGAACAAACUCUGAAGCAUCAAAUGCUUCUGAAACAGAGUCUGACCAUAGAGAUGAGUUAAGUGACUGGUCUUUAGCACCUGCUGAGGAAGAUCGAGAUGGAUAUCCUCGUAGAGGGGACUCCCGUAAACAAGGAGGUGAUUCUAACCGUGGACAGGGAGGUAGGGGUCGUGGAGGUUACAAAGGAAAUGAGGAUUUGUCGCGAAUGGACAAUAGGCCACGUGGGUCAAGAGAUGCAAAAGGAAGAACAGGCAAUGGGGCACAUCAGGUCCGAAUAGACAGCAAUAAUGAAAGAAGCAUAAAUGCUAAAUUACCACAAAAUACCUCUAAUGAAGGCAGUCGGCAACGUACAGGGAAGGAACGUAAUCAGAAGAAAGAAAAGUCUGACAGCAUGGAGAGUCAGCAAGUUUUGGUGAAUGGAGUACCCUAACAUGAGUUUUUCCAGAAUAGUAUUUCCUGUACUAUUUCAGUAAUUUGUUAUUCUUCAUUAGAGAAACUUGUUAGGCCAAAGACAAAUGGUAAGUUGGCACAGGGCACGAAAUAAAAUGUUAUCUGUUGGCCUUAUUUACAGAUCUAUCAGCUACAGGCAGCUGUUUACAAGGGGAAAAUGGAAAAACUGCAACAAGAACUGAUAUGAUAGAAUCUUGUUAUGUAGAAAACUGUAGGAAAUAUUUGUUACCUAUUGCACUCAAUGUCAGAUCAUUCUGUUGGAAAGAAAUGUUGAGCUGUUUGGAGAAAUGUAUGUGCAUUGGUAUAUAUCUGUUUAAUUUUAAUUAAUGUGAGCAGUUCUUUGACAUUAUCACUGAAUUUUGACUUAUUGGAGUGAAUGUUUGCAGAAGUUCUUUUGAAUAUCUGUUUUGUUCUGCUUACAGUUUCUUAACGAAAUGCAAAUUGUUUCAUGUCCUGUGUCAGUUCAUGUUCUUGUCCUUUUUUUUUCUUUUAAUGUAGUAGACCCUUAAAUUUUAUGAGAUGUAAUGAUUGUCCUUCAUUUAGCAAAAAAGUUGUAUGAUCCGUGCCUUUUUUAUAUAUCGCAUAAGGGGUUAUAUUUGGAAGCAGAAAUCAGGGAAGAAGAGCUGGGAACACUAAAUGUAAAAUACUUAUAUGUAGCAUACAUUCAGACAUUGAAAUACUUUAUAGAAAGAAUGCAUGUUUUUCAUAGUUUUCUUUAAACAUAAUUGCAAACCAUAACAAAUGGGGGCAUUUGUUUUGCACUGAAGUCUUAGAAAAUAGUAUUACUGAGUGAGGGAAGCACCCUUCAUUUGUGAAUGUUGGCCCUUUGGGUUAGCAAAGAGCUUUCUGGUCAAAAAAGUUUACCUGUUCAGAAGGUGAGUGUGCUCAUAUUAUAUGGUAUUAAAAUUUAGAGAAGAUUUUACAUCUUAGUAAGAUUGGUGCAUUCCAAAUGGGCUUAAUGUAAGUUAAAUGCAUAAGGUGUAAAUCAAAUUAAUAGAUAAUUAAAACAUUUCAGAAAUUUAUUAUACAUACAGCUAGGACCAGGUUACUGUUACCAGCAAAGAAAGCUUUGAAAAAAAAUGCAAAGCAGAAUUUACAUUCUCUUUGUUGUCCUUUGUUUUACUAUGAGCUUGUUCUUUUUUUGAAGUGUUCUUGAAGAGGGUUUCGUCCUGAUGGUAUCGAUAAGUUAUGCUGCAGUUCAAUGCUAAUUCUAUCCUACUGGAUUUUGUGAACAUUUUUGAACCCACUUGUUUUUUCUAGCUUUUUUCUGUGCAUCAGAUGCAUACAAAUGAUAUGACAGAAAACUGUACAAGACAUGAAAUGUCUUAAAGUAUUGCCAAACAUUAAUGUUAAUUUGUAGUUAUUUAUUUUGGGGUUGUAUAGUAUUUGAAAGCAAUGAUUGGUACCUUGCACACAUCAUCUGUAAGCUGUUAAAAUACUGUAGAUAAUUAAACCAAGGUAGACCGACCUUGUAAUGUUAACUGCUCUUGGGGCAAUAUUCUUUGUACAUACUAGCUGAAACAGACUGGGUUUUAUGUUAACAUUUGUUUGGUUAUAGUGCAAUAUAUUUUGUAUGCAACAGUUUCAAUAAAGUUUGAUCUUCCUUUGCUAACUGA